AUGUUGAAAGUUCAUCGAGUAAGUCAGCUCUUGAGGGGCUACAGGAUUAAAGCUGGCACCAGAAAUACGGCAAACACUCAGUGGCGAAACAAAAACUUAGAAAACAAUGAUACCGACUCCAACCCCAACAAAAGUAGUUUAGAUGGCGGGGAACAGCAGAUAAGCAGAGAUAUUAAAGAUAGAGGUGCUUUCAUUACAGCCCUCCACGAAAAGUAUAAUUCAGACUACAAAAGGCCAAGCAAGUCAGACUUGUCCUCUGUGAACCAUUUUUUCAAUUCUGCGAGGGUACGUUACGAGUGGAGUGCAUCGACAUUUUUGGACAUUCCAGGUGAAAGGUUGAAGCAAGAAGCUGAGAAGAAUGUGCUCACUCAAGCAUCACACGAGGUCGAGAUUGGGCCAACCUCUGAUGAUACAAAAGGAGACAAGCGUAUAAAAAAGCGCUUUGGUAAAACUGAUGGGAUCCCUUUCGAAUUACUGAAUGGUUUACCUGAGGUGGCGUUUCUCGGCAGGUGUAAUGCCGGGAAAUCGACACUUCUCAACAACAUAACUACUCAGUUCUCUCAUGUUAAGCUCAAUGAGUACGCAAAGGCUUCUAAAAAGGCUGGGUUUACGAAGACCGUCAAUUGUUUUAACAUUGGUGGACGAUUCAGGAUAAUUGACACCCCAGGCUAUGGCGGCAAGAGCACACAAGAGCAGGGUGAUGUUACAAUGAGGUACCUCAGAGAGAGACAAGAACUCAAACGAUGCUUCCUGCUGGUGUCGGCGGAGCAAGGGUUUGCAACUACGGACUCUCAAGUGGUGGACUUCUUGACAAAAUUCGGCAUCCCUUUUGAAGUUAUCUUCACAAAGAUGGAUAAGAUUAAAGAUGUAUCACAACUGGAAAAUGUUAUAGAAGACAGCGGGGUGCUUGAAUUGCCCACAUUACCUCAAAUGAUCUUUUUGAAUUCGGAGACGAACAAAAGAUAUCCGAAACGAUACGGCAUAGACGCGUUGCGAAGCUUGAUAUUGGAGAGCUGUGGGCUUGAACCAAACGCGAAGCCGUCUAAGACAAGAGAAAAAUGA